AGGCCCACACCAUCUGUCAACUCACUGUCUUAAAAAGACUAGAAUCUCUGUUGAAUUCUUCCACCCAUAUACACCAUAUUUGAAUGCAAAUUUCAUUGUUUCAUCAGCAGCCAUUCACACAAACAGAGCUUAUAAAUUUCUUUGAUCCAAAUUCUCCUAUACUUGAUUUUAUUUUUGGGUACAAAAUUCUCCUAUAUUUGAGUCUUUGUUGGUACAAAAUUCUCCUAUAUUUGAUAAAGUUAGAGAGAUGACGACUAUCUUUGGAAUAAUGGAGGUGAAUCUUGUCAACGCUAAAGGUCUAAAAAACAACGAAGUUUGGGGUGGUGGAAUCGACCCGUAUGUUUUGCUUCAAUAUAGGGGUCAAGAACGUAAGAGCACUACUGCUCGAGCAGGCCAAGGCAGUAAACCAGAAUGGAAUGAGAAGUUCAAUUUCAAGAUAGAAUAUCCCUCAACAGAUGGACAGUACAAGCUUAUACUUAAGCUCAUGGAUCAUGAUACCUUUUCUUCAGAUGACUAUCUUGGCGAAGCCACUAUCUACUUGAAGGAAUUUAUUGAGCUGGGAUUGGAGAAUGGAAUAGCUGAAAUUCAUCCUCGCAAAUAUAGUGUGGUGGGCAGUGAUCAAUGUUACUGUGGUGAAAUUCAAGUUGGCAUCACUUUCACUCCAAAGGUAUGUAUUCUAAAUGAAGAAGCAGAAUAUGGUGGAUGGAAGGAUAGUACUGAUGAUUACUGAGUAGUUAGCCUGUCAAAUAUCUGCUUCAUCUUGUACAUAUCAAUUAUGUGAGUAGAGUAAAGAUGAAGAUCCUCA